AUGAAAGAUCGAUCCGACAAAAGCGAUGAACGCGUGCAAAGGCUCUAUGCCCAAGACCUAUCUGGUGUGGAGGGUCCGCAGGUCGAGGAUCAAAAAAGAAUCAAGCGUCAGGAGUUACUGGAAGGUCCUCGGGCUGGUAUACUCGCAGACGACGGGCGGCUAUGGAUCCCGGCCUACUGUACUCCUACCUACUCUUUGGAUAGCUUGAAGGAGAAGGCCGGCUUCUUUGUCGCGGACCUCGCCGUGCUCCUGAAUUAUCACUGGAUUCGCAACUAG